AUGUCCACCGCAAGCCCCUCAUCCCUCAUCGCAGAGGUCCUCCGCCAGCCAGACGAUCUCCUCAAACUCGCAGCAUAUCGCAAGAAGCUCCUCAAAGAGAAGGCCGCACUCGAUACAAAGCUCUCAGAAGGAGUCAAGUCUCAGCUGGAUGCCACGAGAGACGCGCUGGUGAAGCUGCAGAACAGCAAGGCCGCUGUGUCGGUCAUUAGGGAGGAGAUGCUGGCGGUGGAGAAGCUUAUGGGAGGCGGGGAGGGCGGAGAGAAUUUUGAGAAGAUCAUCAGGGUCUCGGCUGUGCACAGAAACUUUGCACAGACAGCCAAAAUGGUCCAAAACCUACGGUCAAUGUCCGACAAGGUCGACCACCUUGCCUCCCUUCUAGACUCGGACAAGAACCACCCAGACGGCUCCGCUGGCCCCUCAUACAACCUCCUCCCUAUUCACUUCCAACUCCAACAACUUGAGGCAUUCAGAAACGAGACGCUGCACCAGGCAAAGAAGUCUGCCCCGCAGGAGCGCGAGAUUUUGAUCAAGUGGUUCGAGAAACUGGAUAGAGUGGGUCAGGACUUUGAGUCGUGGAUGUGGGAGAUUGGGGGACGAAUUGUCGAGCUGGCGAGGAAGGGCAAUGGAAGCACGGUCGUCAGGUUGUUGAAGAUCAUUGAGUUUGAGGGUAAGGAGGACGAAAAGGCUGUAGCCAUGCGUCUUGUGCGGAGGGUCGCUACCUCAGACGCCGCCUCCAAGUUCAAGUCCAUGCAGGCCAACGGCCGAGUCAUCAAGAACUUCCGCCACAAGUUCCUCGACGUCUUGAAAGCUUCCAUUGCCCAGUCGUUUGAGCGCCACUAUCUUGACAAUCAGUACGACUUUUUGGCCUUCAUUGAAGACUUGUCAUGGGUCUACAAAGACAUCAUCCGUAUCAAAGACGAUAUCGGUCCCCUUUUCCCCGACGACUACGAAAUCACCUCCUUCCUCGUCAAAAACUAUCACAAGUCUCUGAACGAUACACUUCGAAAAGUAGUCGACUCGGCACCAGAAGCUCAAGUAUUGCUCGAGCUCCACGCCUGGAUCAAAGAGUACCGCGUGAGCAUGAAAGAACUCGAAGUCCCCGCCGCUUGGCUCCAGCCUCCUCUUUUGGAUGGCAAGUCGCAAGACCUCAUCGAGGACUACGUCAAGCUCAUCGUGGCCAAGCUCGAGGAGUGGACAGUCAACCUUAUGAAGGAAGAGACUGGCACUUUUACGUGGCGUACGCGCGAGCCGGAGCAAGGAGACGACGGGCAGUUUGGCAUGGAGGGUGUGGUCGAUUUCUUCCAGCUUGUCAACCAGCAAUGCGACUUGGCACUCGACUCCAAUCAAGGAGCGGUACUGGCAAGAGUUAUCACAGAGUCGGCCAAGGUUAUGAGGAGAGUGCAGGAUGAGUGGCUGAAACUGCUGGCGGAAGAGAUGAAGGGUCACAUGGAGAAGAAGCCAGAGGAGGUCCUGCCUGGUCUGGUCGAGUACGUCAUUGCGCUCGCAAACGACCAGCUCAAAUCUGCCGACUAUGUCGAGGCCCUCUUGACUCGACUCGAGCCUCUUGUGUCUGAAAAGUACAAGGCAGUCAUCUCUGCCCGCCUGAACGAGGCUAUCGAUGGCUACCUCGACGUUGCCAAACGGUGUACCACCGCCCUCGUGCAAUUCGUCUUCCACGACCUGCGCGUGGCUACUAAGUCUCUCAUCACACCGGCUUGGUACCAAGAGUCGCUCAUGGACCAAAUCAUCGAGACCAUGAAGGACUACAUGGGAGACUACCAAGAACAUCUCAACCCGUCCAUCUUUGAGAUCCUUGUCGAAGACUUCCUCGACACCUUCCUCAUCUGCUACCUCUCCGCUCUCCGCCGAGCCUCUUCCAAUUCACUUCGUAUUCCCACCGCCACCCAAAAGAUCAAAUCCGAUAUAUCCACCGCCUUUUCCUUCUUCGGGGCUUACAAGCCCGCACAGCAAGAGCUGGAACAAAACUUUGAGGUGUUGGAUAUGGUGGUCAGCAUGCUGGAUGCGUCGCCGCAGAUGGUAUUUAUAGACUACUGGAAUUUCGCAAAGGUGCACGGGCCACAGCUGGCGUUUGUGGAGGCGUUGAUGAAGGCGAGAGAUGAUCUUGAUAGGGAUGGGGUCAAGGAGAUUAUGGAGACGCUGAGGAGAAAGGUCAAGGAGGAGGAGAUUGGAGAUCCGGAAGAGCCGACUAUCAUGGUCAAAAUCCAAGCUACAUCAGGAGGCUUGUUUUCCAACCUCACCAACCUGGCGGGCACAUACACCAGCAACUUCAGCGCGCCCAAAUUCUCAGCAUCCGGUCUCAGAGGGCUAUAA